AUGAACGAUCAUAGUGAGGGUGAAACACGAAGAAAACACGAAAAAUGGGAGGGGUUCGAUGGUUCUUCAACAAUCGGUAGGCUAGGCAUCGUCAGAGGCCGUCGUCGGCGUCUGGCUCGACCGCGGAAGAGAGGAGAGCGAAGGAUCGUGGCGGCUAAUCCGGAAGCCCUAACCGAUCGCGGAGAGGGAGAAGAGACGAAGGCAGCGAGGCCUUCUCUUUCUCAUCUGGCGAUUUCAGACCCAUCACACUUGAGUGGCGAGCUCCAGUGGUCGACUAGACCGAAGAAAGACGUGGGUAGAAGCAGUGACGUUGCUUUGCGGUUGUCAGACGGGAGAGGACAUUUGGCUCGAUGGAGCAAGGCAAGUGGAAACAAAAGCUCCGAUGGGGGGGUUUUGGCAAUGGUGCUCGAUAGAAGAAGAGGAACGAAUCUGCUGUGGUUCACGAAGAGACGGGCAACAUCUGAACUUAUAAAGGCUAAUUUGGAGCUAACUCUUGAAAAAUAUAGACCAAUGGUGUUGUCCUAUUUGUCAUUUUCCAAGUUUACCCUCGGCACGGUGGCCCCUCAGUUUAUAGGAGUUUCUACUGUUGACGAUGGAGGUGAAGGAAUAAAUAUGGAGUUGGAAAUGAAUUGGGAUAGAAACCCUAGGUUGGAAGGUUUGGAUGUCGGCUUAACAUCGGUGUUGGAAUCGAUGGAAUUCUGUUUAGAGUUGCGGGGUUCGGAAGCUUGUGCUUUGGAGGACUUCACAAAAGUUAUCAAUCUAGUGCAUCUCAGGAAGGAUCUUGUGGAAAGUGGUCAUGUGUUGCUAAACCAUGCUUAUCACAAUUAA